AUGGACGAGAGCAUUCACCACUUCGUUAGCAUCACCGGGGCAAACCUCGAUGUGGCUCGGGGCUUCCUGGAGAUAACAGGCGGCGACUACCAGCGUGCCAUCGAGCUGUACUUUGAGAGUCCAGAUCUCGUUGGAGCCGGUGUGUCCCAUGGCACCCCUCCGACCGCCUCAACAUCUCGCCCUGCCCCUGCGUCCAGGAGAGCCAAUAUCGGCAGAGAAGACGCCAGCGGGGUGAUUCACAUUAGCGAUGACGACGACAACGACUACGACGAUAUGGACGCCGACGAUUUUGACGAUCACGACGACGAUGAGCGAGCUGCUGUUGCGCAAGCUGCUGCGCUGGCUCAAGAGGAGGAAGAUGCUGCUAUGGCUAAGCGUCUACAAGCAGAAAUGUACCAGGAAACGGGAAAUGCUGGUGGUGAUGUUAGGGCACCUAUUGCUAGGACAACAGAAACACUUGUUGCACCGGAUUCCACCUGGUCGGAAGAAGAAAGCUCAGCUAUUCUUGAGCAACUUCGGAGGAGACGCCAGAUGCCUCGUAGAGGUCCCUUUGGUCAUCGGAUAUGGGGUGAUGACGGGGCCCGGCCUGAGCCCGCGUCUGGAAACGGCGCACCAUCCGCUCACGCUAGACGCCUAGAGGACCUAUUCCGACCGCCCUACGAGCUGAUGUAUCGCAUAUCAUGGGAUGAGGCUCGCACAUUGGGUAAAGAAGAUAAGAAGUGGAUCAUGGUCAACCUGCAAGACAUGAGCGACUUCAAUUGCCAAAUGCUUAAUCGAGACAUCUGGAAGGAUCGAGCUGUUCAGGACUUGGUGAAGGAGAACUUCAUCUUCAUGCAGCUGGAUAAAGAUUACCCCGACGCGGAGGAAUACAUCACAUUCUAUUUCCCCAAUCAGGGACACGAAAAUCCAGACAACUACCCCCAUGUGUCCAUUGUCGACCCUCGGACGGGUGAACAGGUCAAGGUCUGGAGCGGGAAGCCAUUCCCCAGCGCUGUUGAGUUCCACGCCGAAGUGGCCGAGUUUUUGGACAGAUACAGUCUCGCCGCAAACAGCAAGAAUCCCGUCGCUAGAACGGCGGCCCGGAAGCCCCAGGUCAUUGAUGUGGACCGCAUGACAGAAGAGGAGAUGCUGGAGAUGGCUCUGAAAAAUAGCCUGGCGGGGGCUGAGGCCAGUGGCUCGGGCUCGGGAUCAACACCGAGCGUCCAUGAUCCCGAUGCGCUGACCAAGGAGCCUCAGCAAUCAGGCGAUCAGGAAGCACAGAGUCCGUUUGACCAGAUCUCAAGCACAAACCCCCAUACCGAGCCCGCCAACAAUCCUGCCACGACAACGCGUAUCCAGUUUCGACACCCAGACGGACGUGUCAUUCGACGGUUCAACCUACAGGAUGAUGUUCGUACGAUGUAUGAAUGGCUCAAAGCGGAGCCUUUGGAGGGCAAGGCAGAUGUCAAGUUUGAGUUGAAGAGAAUGCCCCAAGGCCAAGAUUUGAUCGAGCUUCUCGAUUCCACCAUUGAAGAGGCCGGCUUGAAGCAAGGAACAGUGAUGAUAGAAUUCGUUACGGACGAGUAA